UCCUUUGCCAUGAUGCCCCGUGGGAAGAGGGAUCCCGUCCUGCUGUCCCACGCCGAGCUGUCCGGCACCGACGGCGAGGGUCCCCGCAGCGGCGGUGAGGGCCGGCGCUCCACCUCGGAGGAGGAGGAGGAGGAAGAGGGGGGUCACCUCCCCGGCCUCCCUCGGGACGAGCUGGCCAAGAGCAUGUCCGGCUCCUCCGUCUCCUCCUACCACUCCGCCCUGUGCUCGGAGGGGACGGAGACCUUCAAGGACUGCUUGGAGUUUCUGGAUGAGGAGGGAACAGCUUCCCAGGACGCGGGGCAGCGGGGCAGCCGCCCCGAAGGGGCUGCCCCGGGACGCUGGGCUCCGGUGGGGGCCCCCGCCGUCCCCCCGCGGCAGGCUCAGCUGUCCGGCACGGCUAAGAAUAGCCCGGCGCCAGGGCAGGGGGGCAGGAUGGGUCCCCUCGGUGGGGACCGGCAGCUUGUCAGCGCUGCCACCCCCUCCAGCAGGGAGCUGGCGGGGCCCCGGCAGCCCGGGGGGAUGCUGAGCGGGGUGCCCAGCGAUUCGGACGAGGCGGACGGCGAGGUGCGGGCGCUGACAGCCAGGGCUUUCCGCAGCCUCUCGGGUCUGCCCGGCACCCACCUCGACAUGUGCAGCUCCCACACCUCCUCCAGCCUCUCCAACUCGCUGUCGGAGGAUGGGGGGCGGCCGCGGCAGUGGCCAGCGGCUGGCAGCGAAGCCCGGGGCACAGCGGCAGCUCCCCGUGGCAGGGUGGGCUGGCCCUUCCCCGCCGGCGUGGAGGGGGAGCUGCUGGGUUUGCUGGGGAAGGAGCAGUUCGAGUGUGUGGAUGUGGAGCUGGAGAGCGGGGAGGCCAGGAAGGGCCACAGCAAGAAGAGGACUGUCCCCAAGCGCCAGAUCCAGCUGAAGAGGAAGGAGAGGAAGGAGACAGGUUUCGGCCCCUGGGGGGAUGGCCAAGCCCCCCAGCCCCUGCCCCCAGCAAGGAAGGAGCCCCCCAGCAAGGGCAGGGGCAUCGGAGAGGACUUCAGGCUCAACUACAAGCAGUUCAUGAAGAUGGCCUCCCUGGAUGCCAACGAGAAGACCAGGGCGGCUUCUUGCCUGGUGAAAAACGUCCUGGCCAAGAAGAUGCAGUACGAGCAGAGGAUCAAGAUGGAGCAGAAGGGGCUGCGGGGCAGCUCGACCUCCUCUGGGCCAUCCUCUGCUGGCACCGACCUGCCGGGGGACGGCCUGGAGGGCAAGUCCAGCUCGCUCUCCCGCUCGGACUGCAGCUUCUCCGCCGAGGACCUGCGGGGCGGUGGGAUGCCGGCGGCCACGGGGGAUGUCCCCACCACCCGCCCCGCCAAGGGGGUGGUGCUGAGCGAGGCGACCCGGGAGAGCGUCUGCAAGCUGAAGAAAACCUUCAAUGAGCUCAACGAGAGGAUGAAGUACCAGGAGGUGCUGGAAGGCCACCACCGGCUGCCCGGCACCACCGAGAAACCGGCGUCAGAGCGGAUCUGCUACCGGCAAGCCCGCGCCUUGUUUGAAGCCCACCCCGAGGUGGGGAAGGGGCUGGAUGUUGCCCCCAGAUUUCAGAGAGGGCCGAGGCCGUGGCCCAGCUUGAAGCAACGAGCCAUCCGCCCCAGCCGCCCCCAGACCCUGCCCUUGGAGCCCAACAGCCUCCCCGCCGCGCCGCGCCUCUUCACCUCCCGGGCGCAGGAGGUGAAGCUGCUGCCGCAGAGCCGGCGGGAGGAGAAGCCGCCCCCAGCCCCCCACCCGCCCCCCAGCCCCCUCGCCCCCAAACGGGGGUCCCCGCCGCCCGCAGCACCCCCCAAGACGGAUGAUAAGGGGAAGGGGCGCAUCCCCCAGCCCCGGGACGUGCGCAAGCUGGUGAAGAGCAGCUACAGCCUCUGCUUCGGGACCACCGGCGCUUCCCAGGGCCCCGCCGCACCCGCGACCCCCGGGGACCCGGCCCCCGCCGCCCCGCUCGUCAUCCACUGCACCUCGGUCUGCCGGCGGGGGACGGGCAGCCGGCCGGGGGACAGGGAAGCACGGGCAGCUCCCAGCCCAGAGCCAGCCCCGGCACGCACCGAGGGUCCCGCAGAGCCCACCAGCACCCAGCCCACCCGCAGCUCCCCCAGCCACAUCCCCAGGGCCCAGCCCACCCGCAGCACCUCGGAAGGAGCCGCAGCGCCCUCAGCCCCGCGCCAGGAGCGCAGCGAGCUCAGGCUGGCACCGCGGGUGGCCCAGGGGGUGCCACACAUGGAGACCCACCUCCACGUCCUGGUCGGCCAGCGACCCCCAGCUGUGGCUGAGGAGGGCCCCCCAGCCCAGAGCAGGGCUGUGCUCCGGACGGAGAAGACCCUUCUCCUCCCACCACCACCCCCCCCAUCGCCGAGUCCCACCGAGGGAGAGGACGGAGGUGGCCGUGGUGGCUCCAGAGGGCUCCCGGCUGCCGAGGGGCUCCAGGCAGGGGGGCAGCAGCGCGGCGGCAGCGACGGCAGAGACCCCCACGCUGGAUCCCCAGCCCACAGCAGCGUGUACCCUCAGCCCGGGAAAGAAGCGGAGAGAAGGGAGCAGGUGGUGGGGAACACCAGCUCUGCGGGCAGCACUGGCCCCACUGCCCCGUUUCCAGCCCGGGUGGCCAGCAAAGGUCCCUCUGUCCAGUUGCCAGAGCAGAGGGAGGCCUGGGAGCGUUUCCCACCGUGGCCAGCAGCCCCCGAGCCUCACCUUCCUGCUUCCCCAGCGGAGAACUCCAACUAUUUAGCAAUCCCUGUGAAAGCCCCCGAAACUUCUCUGAUGCCCAAGCUGCCCUCAGUCUCCAACCCAGCCACUGCAUUCUUUGGGACCCCCUUGGUCCCCAACCCUGCCAGCACAUCCUUCGGAACCCCCACGGUCACCAAUCCAGCCAGCACAUCCCUUGGGACCCCUUUGGUCCCCAACCCAGCUCGUGCAUCCUUUGGGACCCCUGUAGUCCCCGCUCCAGUUAGCACGUCCUUUGGGACCCCCGCAGUCCCCAACAUGACCAACUCAUCUCUUGGCUACUCAUCAGCCUCCAGCCUGGUCAGCACAUCGUUUGGUGCUCCUUUGGUCUCCAGCCCCACCAACAAGUCUUUCGGGACCCCCUUGAUCCCCUACCCAGCCAGUGCUUCCUUUGGAACCCCCUUGGCCUCCAAUCCAUCCAGUGCACCUUUUGGUACUCCCCUGAUCCCAAAUCCAUCCAUUGUACCCUUUGGGAAUCCCCUGUCCCCCAAUCCAUCCAGAGAAUCCCUUGGGACCCCCUUAGUCCCCAAUCCAUCCAUCACAUCCUUUGGGACCCCCUUGAUCCCAAAUCCACCCAGCACAUCCUUUGGGACCCCCUUGGUCCCCAGUCCACCCAGCACAUCCUUUGGGACUUCCUUGGUCAACAACCCAUCCAGUGCAUCCUUUGGGACCCCCUUGGUCCCCAGUCCACCCAGCACAUCCUUUGGGACUUCUUUGGUCAACAACCCAUCCAGUGCAUCCUUUGGGACCCCCUUGGCACCCAACCCAUCCAGUGCAUCCUUUGGGACUCCCUUGAUCCCAAAUCCAUCCAUCCCAUCCUUUGGGACCCCCUUGGCUCCUAACCCAUCCAGUGCAUCCUUUGGGACUCCCUUGAUCCCAAAUCCAUCCAUCCCAUCCUUUGGGACCCCCUUGGCUCCUAACCCAUCCAGUGUAUCCUUUGGGACUCCCUUGAUCCCAAAUCCAUCCAUCCCAUCCUUUGGGACCCCCUUGGCUCCUAACCCAUCCAGUGUAUCCUUUGGAACUCCCUUGAUCCCAAAUCCAUCCAUCCCAUCCUUUGGGACCCCCUUGGCUCCUAACCCAUCCAGUGCAUCCUUUGGGACUCCCUUGAUCCCAAAUCCAUCCAUCCCAUCCUUUGGGACCCCCUUGGCCCCAGAUACACCCAGAGCAUCCUUUGGGAUCCCCUUAGUCCCCAAUCCAUCCAUCGCAUCCUUUGGGACCCCCUUGAUCCCCAAUCCACCCAGCACAUCCUUUGGGACCCCCUUGGUUCCCCAUCCAGCCAACUCUUCGCUUGGAAUCCCCACGGUCCUCAACCCAGCCAGCUCAUCCUUUGGGUCCCCUUUGGUCACCAACCCAGUUCCUGCUUCCCUUGGGCACCCAUCAGUCUCCAACAUGGCCAGCUCAUCCUUUGGAUCCCCUUUGCUCCCCAACCUGGCUGGUGCUCCACAGGGAACUGGUGUGUGUCCCCUGGUCAGCAGGGAAGUGGCCUGGAGAAAACCCAGCCCUGACCUCCCCCAGCGCCCCGAGGGCCUGGUGCCCCCAGCCCAGCCCCAACCUCACCCCGAGGACGCUCCCCCUUUCCCGAGGAGAACAGAUGGUGCCUCACCCAGCAGUAAGAACACACCAAGCUCCACCAAGCCCUUUGCUCCUCACCUGCCCACCCACCGGAGGAUGCUCGUUGAUCCCGACAGCGGGAAAUGCUACUACAUGGAGCCGCCACGGCAGCCCCAGCUGAAAACACUCUACGACCCCGAGACGGGGCAGUACCUGGAGGUGCUCAUCCCACCGGUGGCAUCACAUCCCGGGCUCUACCAGGCUCCUUUCAACCCCCUGCUGAUGGCCUCAGGGGUCUACGCUCCACCCUACGCGCCCUACAGCGGCUUCCCAGGGCUCCCGCCCCCCCCGCAACACGCCGGCCCCUCCCCAGCUCACCCCGAACCCCCGGCUGCCGAAAACCCCGGCUUCUCCGGGACCUUCAGCCCUGCUCCCACGGGAGAGGGGACACCCGCUGCCGGGGGUCCUGACUGCGGGUACCUGGAGAGCCCGUACUACAUCCCCACGGGGAUGCAGACCAGCCCCCGCCAGCCCCGCGCCAGCCCUGCGGGGGCUGAGAAGGGACCGCAGCUCCCGAUGUGACAGUCCUUGGAAGGGGACAGACCACAUGGCAUGUCCCCUCCCCACCGGAUGGGCUUUAACCCCAAAAGCAGCACCACCACCCCCCGCCCACAGCUGAGCUGCUGAAGCACCGAGGGGUAAUGGGCACCAGCUGGACCCUCCUCAUGGAAAUGGGGAGAAAAAGGGUUGUUUUUUUUCCAAUGUGAGCACCUGGCAGCCCCCCCCGGGGGGGCUUCAAGUCAUGGGCCCCGGCCGGCCAAGGGACCAGAUGCACAGAGUCCCCCCCCCCUUUCUGCAGAACUGCUGGUCCUGUCCCGAGGGUGACCUGGGCUGGUUGGCACAGGGGGACAACGGCCCGGCCACCACCAGCCCCCCCAGCCACGGCUGCAGCACGGACUGCCUGAAAUGGUAAUAAAAAUGCUGAGGCAGCAUUAAAUCCUG